CUUACUAGCUUUGUGGGCAUAAACCUAAGAAACUGCGUCUUCUCUCUCCCUCUCUCUCCCCAUAUCUCUAUGCUCUCGAACUUCAAAUCGCCCAGUUACAUCAAAAAAGACAUCUUCCUUUGACACCUGUCGUCUUCCUCUGCCAAAGCUGCGACUUCUCCCAUGUCACAUUGAGAUUCGACAGCGAUUCUUUCUCCUCUCUCUUCAGUCUUCCCCUCUAAUGCGCGGCUUCUUCUCACGUUCCAAAAGCAGUGUCUUCGAGGAAGGAGAACAGCUUCAACAAGCUAUCCCAUGGCGUCUCUUACUCCCGGGGUUCUGUCCAAGCUUCUGGAGAAUGCGGGAAACAAAAAUGUGAGGGUCACCGGCGAGCACCGUUCUGCUCUGCUUCAGGUGAUUGAGAUUGUGCCCUGUUUCGCUGGAGGGGACGAUCCCUGGCAGAGCAGAGGGUACUUCCUUAAAGUAUCCGACUCCAAGCACUCCGCGUACGUUUCUAUUUCCGACGAGGACGUGGAUUUGAUUUACAGCGACAAGAUCCAACUUGGUCAGUUCGUUUACGUUACUCGCCUCGACCUCGACUCUGCUUCCCCUGUUCCCGUUCUUUCCGGCUUGAAACCUGUUCCGAACAGAAGGCCCUGUGUUGGAAAUCCUGUAGAUUUGAACUCAAGUGACUCCCUUACUAUUGGUUCAAAUCUCGAUUUCAGAAAACCAAAGAAAGGAAGCAAGAAUGGAGUGAAGAAAAUGGUGGGUGUUGUUAAGUCGAAAGAGGGUUCGCCAUUGAAGAACAAUGGUUUGGAGAUGAGAAGGUUGAGCUUGGAUUCGGCUAGAAGGGCUUGGGAUCAGAGUCCAGGGACUCCCACUUCACGAUUCAAAUCGAAAUCUACCUCGACUUCAUCCAAUGUGAUUGACAAGAAGGCUUCUCUUAAAAAUGAUUCUCCACUCAAGCCUCCAACCCCAACUAUCUCACCCUUAAAGAACAAAAAUGAGAACUUUUCUCCAAAAUUAACUAGUACGCCUCAGCCACAAAGUACUAGGUUAUCGCCUUGUACGGGUAACGUUCGUGGCAAUCUUGUUAAGGUGCCUCUCAAUGUCAAGACUCAGUUUGAUCCAUCUACAACUUGGGAUAGCCUUCCUCCUAUUCUAUGUAACCUUGGAAAGAAAGUUGCAAGUCAUAAGAACAUUGCCUUUUUGGCUGCUGUACGUGCCCUUGAAGAAGCUUCAGCUUCAGAUACUGUGAUCCAAUGCAUGUGCGUCUUUACGGAACUCUGUCAGUCUUCUCAGACACUUUCUGCUGGAUCACUUGUGGAAAAGUUCCUGGACCUUCAUCUGAAUUUGCAGAGGGCAAGAAUGGUGCUUGAUCCUUUACUAAUGCUCACUCCUGAGAAAAAGCCAAGCGAAGAUGUGUUGUGCAAAGCUCCCAGUAAUAAGAAUGCUGUGACUUGGGUACAAGCUGCCUUGCAAACUAAUCUUUCCAAGUUCAAUCUUUUCAGGACACAAGCAAAAGCAGAGUCUUUGAAUGGUGAGAAAUGUCAUUAUAUUGUCAUUGAAAAUUCUCGUGAUGAAAUGAACACCGAAAACACUUCUCAGAGCAAGCAGAAGCCUACUACAACAGUUAAAAGAGUUCCUUCUUCGAAGAGGCAUCUGCAAGUAGCCAAGAGCAAGGAUGCCGAAAAGGUAGAUCAAGGGAGAGAAAGCAGAUUGAAAGAGGCAGCAAGUUUGGCCGAGAAACUACUCGUGGCUUCCCAGGAAUGGUUUUUGAAGUAUUUGGAGGAUUCUUUGGAUAGUGGAUUUGGGUUAAGAAGUGAGGAAGGAAGAAGUGAGAUAGCAUGCCUUCUUGGACAGCUCAAGAAGGUGAAUCACUGGUUAGAUGCUUUGGUUGGCGGCGGAGACAAAGUUGACGGUAGGGUAGAAAACCUUAGGAAAAGUUUAUAUGGAUUUCUGUUGGAGCGUGUUAAUUCUGCCAUUCCCUCUAGCAAGUAAUAAGCAAAUGUCCCAAAACCACACAUACUGACAUAGAUACAUAAUAUGGCGUGAAACAGCUUCUGCAACACGACCAAUUAUGUAGCGUAUCCGAUAUGAUACGGUGUCGCAUUUAAAGAAUUGGUUAUUCAUGAAGAGAACUUAUUGGACAAA